AGAGGUCGCAGAGGGGUGACACAAGAGUGACACCGAUGAAGACCCAAGAAGCGCUGAAAUCUCUCAUCAGAUUCAGUGUUAUUCGCGAAUUGUCCUGGGGAUUUUAAUUCUACUUUCGACAGAAAAGUUUGAAGUUUUUACCCUAGUUUUUGGUUGGCUAUUCGUUCCUUGUGUGGAACCGUGCCACUCCGCUUGAGAGUGUGAGCGCAUAACAGCGUGAGCCAGUCUCCUAGGUGUUCUAGUAUUGUCAGUUUCAGUUUCUGGUUUUAAAGUCUUACAAGUACUACCUCGACCCUUCCGCAAGGUUUGACUACAUCAUAUCCAUGCACCAUCAGGAUCACGCUAUCCCUCAAUCCACAUGCCUCCUGCUCGUUCCCCUCAAAUCGACCCAGCUUUAUCGCUCUACCCCCCCUUACUACUCAUAUCAACAGCCUCAACAACACAUCAACCACCACCUUACAGUUCCUCAGAACUUACCUUCACCAUCAUCACAAGGAUCGGACACAAUAGGUACACCCCCAAACGACAACCUGUCUUACUCACCUGGCAAUUCAAACGGGAAGAGACCCUCCUCUUCCCUCGUCGGUGCGAUGGGUGAUAGCAGCAGGAAAAAGGCACGCUCAGAAGACAGCUUAGACGGGCACAGUCCUGCUCCUGACAAAGACGACUCGAAGCCAAAGACCACCAGGGGUUCACGCGCGUGUACGCAAGGCCCCCCUUGCCAACGCUGCAUUAGUGGGAACCACGAGUGCAUAUUCGAGGAGUCCAAUCGAGGCAAACGGUCCACCAAUCCAAGAAAACACGAGCUCCUCACUCGCUCACUAAAGAAGAUGGAGAAAACUCUGGACACUGUUCUAAAGUCUAUCGGUAAUCCGAGUAUGGUCUCUGGCAUGGUGUCAAGAUCGCCCUCCCCGACAAGUCAAGCUGCACAAACUCGGGUGCUUCUGGAAACACCGUCGCCUCCUCCCCAGUCUGCCUAUCCACCAUCAUCAAGUGCCAAUGCCUCUGCUUCCCCAAAGCUUCAUUCCCUUCCCGAUAACUCGCUUAACCCCCUCGGGCUGCUUGCCGAGGCAAGCUUGGCAAACCGACGUGCCCAGGGCAUCUCGUCCUCGUUCUCAGCGCGCCCAACGGAUCCCGAUCCUGACCACAAGUUGGGUGUGGCUAGUGAUAAUUAUUUUAGGCCAGGCCCGAUGACAAUACUCCCCUUGCGACGCUUGUAUAUCGAACGGCAGAUUCAGCCCGAGAUGCUGAGCUUUGUUAGCACCGAGCAAGUGGUCGCGCUAUUUGAUAUCUUUUUUGACCAUCUGAACGUGCACUGUGAGCUCUUUGAUAGAGAGUUCCACACGCCCUCGCUCGUUUGUUCCCGUUCGCCAUUUUUACUGACAACCAUUUGUGCGAUAUCAUCGAAAUUUUACACCCAGCGACCGGAACUUCACCAGCAACUUGCAGAACUUGCACAGAAGCUCGCGUUUAGUGUACCUGCCAAAGGUUAUAAAUCCCUUGAAAUUGUUCAGGCAUAUCUCCUCCUCACUCUUUGGGGAUGUGGUGCCGUAGAGCGCUAUGAGUACGACAAGACAUGGUUGUUACUGGGAAUGGCCAUUAGGAUGGCGACAGACCUCAACCUGCAUCGGAAGACAACGAUGACCAGGCAAGAUACACCAGAAGGUCGGGCUCGGGACAAGGAGGUCCACAAUCGUGAGCGAACAUGGUUGUUGUGCUUUGCCCUCGACAGAAGCGUGAGUUCUCAAAUGGGAAAGCCUCACUCUAUCAAAGAGGACUUUGUGAUCCGCAAUGCACUGCAGUGGUUGAAGUCCCCCGUUGGACAACCAGGUGACACUGCUUUAGCAGCAUACGUCGAAUUACAGCGGAUUGUAUCCAGGAGCCUAGACUUCCUGUAUUCGGGGACUAAUACCCCGUCCGGUUUACAGACCGACUGCGAUUACUUGAUUAUCAUUAAAACUAUCGAGACCCAGAUACUUGCAUGGCAGCAUGAAUGGACGGCUGCUCGACCUUUGCCAACCAACAAUCAAGUCAUGAUGUCGCAAUCUCAAACCGCGAUGAAGUUUUACUUCCACUACUAUAUGUUAGUCGUGAAUUCUUUUGGACUGCAGAACGCCAUGGAGCGUUCGGCAGUGGAUAUCGGCCACUUCUUUUCGCGGUGUUAUACCUCAGCCACGGCAGUGGCUAUUGUCGCGCGAGACGAGCUUGCGCCGAUGGGUAUGCUGAAGUAUUCGCCGGAUUCGCAUUUCGUAUACAUUUCUUACGCAGUACUACUCAGUUUACUCAAGCUUAUCCGCCCGGAGUUCCAGCAGUUCAUCGAGAACGAGCAGAACAUCAUCGACCUCGUCAAGGACGUUGCGAACGUCCUUGCAGAUGUCGCCGUGAACUCUCAUCAUACCCCAGCGCUGUACAGCACAUUCCUGCGGGCCCUGAUCACCGCUCGCACAGAUUCACCACAAGAGCCUGAAGAGGUGUCAUCUGGGGACCAGUCUGAUAGCAUGAGCCAUAGUGACAUGGCUAACAACAUGAACAAUUCCGCGCUCUUCAGUGGUAAUCCAGCGAUGGGAACGAAUGGCAUCAAUGGCAUGAGCGAUUAUUCGUUCGCGAGUGAGAUGGGUCCUGUUGCGGAUAUUACGACUUUCCCUCCCACUAUGGCUGAUAUGCCAUCUUCUGACGAACAUAUGGGUAUGCUUUCUAUGGAGAAUAUCCUGAGCAAUGGAUUUUGGGAUAGUGUGUUGGUGCCUGGUUAUUCAGACACCAUGGAAGGCCUAAGCGGCGGCUUCGUGUUCGGGGCUGGGGGUAGUGGACUAAUCACCCCCGGUUGGCUCCCCUCCCCCAUCCCAUCGGGCGAGAACACCCCAAUGCGACAUUCAACCAUGGACUUCACCCAACAAAAUUUAGUCUCUGUGUUCCAACAGAGAAAGUAAUUAUAUAAAGCGUUUCAUGUUCAUGUCCAUGUUUCACCUUUGUGUCAUAUAUGUUGUUCUUGUUGUCGUUGUAUUCAAUUGUGUGGUCUACGUACAGUACACAUCGGUCGUUUGUUAUCAUUGAUUGAUGGAUCCCCUUCGUUGUGCUUUGUUUUAUCACAUUUUAUUCCAUCGAGACUUAAUGUAUUAUAUUUUUUUCAAUGGGCACCAGUUCUUGAUGUGCAAUAAUUAA